CGUGUAAGCAAAUGAUCCUUACCGAUUAGCUCUUUUAUAAAAGUCCGUCAUGGACUCUUACAAUUUCUUAAUCACAUACCUACCUUAGGUACCUAUCACCUCACCUAUUGUCCUAGGGAGUAUCAAUUAGUCCAAGCACGAUGGACAAGCUUUCUUCGAUCCUCCCGCAACAGCACGGUGGUUACCUGCCUUACUUUUUGUUCUACAAUAGUCUAUCUGCGGCGAUUCAUAGCGUUGUGUGCUAUGUGAAUAAUCCGACAACAGCGCUUCGGGCGUUUAGCGGCCCUGGGGCGCCUCCUCCGCACUCGUUGCUAGCACACGUGUACGGCGUGAAGAACUUAUACACGAGCAUGAUCAGGAUUUACGCCGCAUAUUACAUUACCAAUCCCCAGGUGUACGAUCUUGCGGCUUGGACUUUUGUCGGGGUGCUUUUUUUAUACAUCACCGAGGCGUUCAUUUAUAAGAGCGCGAGACUUCGUGAAGCCAGUUUCCCCUAUGUGAUUGCGGGUACUGGCUUAGUUUGGAUGGUGUUGGAGCGGGAUUGGUACCUGUCGCAGUAAGGGGGGAAUAUACCUCCUAUACGGGUAUCGGUGUAUGCGGGCAAGUGAGAUGUUUAUUUCUAUAGGUUAGGUAUAAAACGGGGAUAUUGGAUAUUGGAUAUCAAGGAUAGCUUACCUUAUAACAGGUAUGCUGUAUUACCUAAUGCUUUUCGCCUAGUUACUAAGUCAGCUACCUGUUAGCCAUUUACCAGCUCUACUUCUUAUGGUUACAAACCGC